UAUAAUUAACUGGCAGAGGCUGUGCGCAUUUUCACAGAGGACUGAUGCUGAGCCUGUGUUCCCCACAGACUAUCAGGGAUGAAGUCCAUGUGCUAGGCCCUCAGGGAUAUUUUUGCUGCUGAGAAGGUUAAAGAGGAUCUUCCCUCGCUGAUCCUCCUAUCCUAUGCACCUCAGAACAUGACCACACAGGUACUCUCUGUCAGUGAUGAUGACACAAAGACGUUGCUGUCAUGGUCGUCUCAAUACUUGGAUGUGACAAAAAACAAGCUUGCAACAGUAGAUGAUGAGAGCACGAAUAUUUCUCCCAACGCCUCAUCACAGCCGCUCCCACUGUUGUCAGUGAGGCUGCAGGACUGCAGACACAAACUGGGACCAGAUGGAGUCUGUAUUGUACUCAAGGAGGACAUACAAGCAGAAGAUGGGAUUAUUCAAGAGGAUGGGGACAGCAAUGUCCCUGAUGAUGACAGCUGUGAGUCCUUGUCUGAUAAUGCACGGGAUGCAAUGGCACAAGAGAAAAGUGAAAAUGCAAACCAGAAAAUGCGUGUUGGAAAGUUGGAGACUCAGAAAGGUCCCACAGAGUCCGACAGGCACGGUCGUAAUAAGGAGAAGAUUCCUCUGAAGAAACUCCACAAGUGCAACGACUGCGGGAAGGUUUUGAGGUGCGCGGCCAAUCUACGCGACCACUGCCGAAUCCACACCGGAGAGAAACCCUACAGCUGUGCCAGGUGUGGGAGAACAUUCGCCCUGCCCAGUUACCUCCGGGCCCACCUCCGAAGGCACGACGGCGCUAAAUCCAAACUUAACUCGCACUCGGCUAAAGAAGAAGUACAAGGACGGGAUCAGAGGAAGCCCACGGUGACCACGCACAUGUGCGACGAGUGUGGCAAGAGGUUUUCCUCAUCGUCAAACUUACGCACACAUCAGAGAAUCCACAGGGGAGAGAGGUGGUUCACUUGUGCACUCUGUGAGAGGAAAUUUCUCCAGUUGGGAAACCUCAAAGCGCACCAAAUGUGGCACGCUCAAGAGAGGCCACACCAGUGUCCUCAUUGCCCAAUGUCCUUUAUAGCGAUGUCAAAACUCAGGGUACAUAUCAGGAUGCACACAGGGGAAAAGCCAUUUGCCUGCAGCUAUUGCUCAAAGACUUUUUCUAACUCAAGCUCCCUCAAGUCUCACGUGACUAUUCACACGGGGGAAAUGCCUUACCAGUGUUCAAUCUGUGAGAGGAGGUUUAGAUCCUAUCCCAACUUGAGAAUUCAUGAGCGAUCCCAUACUGGAGAAAAGCUGUAUCUCUGUUACAUCUGUGGUGUUGCAUUCAGGACAUCUACACAGCUCAAAGAGCACCAGCAGACGCACACGGGAGAGAGACCACACCAGUGCUCCGAGUGCGGUAAAAGUUUCGCCCGGCUGUUGACUCUCAAAAGACACCAGCUCUGUCACUCCAGGGAGCGGCCCCACCUGUGUGCCAUCUGCGGGAAGACGUACACUCGCGUGGAAACACUCAGGACGCACCAGAGGGUCCACACCGGAGAGAAACCUUACAGCUGCUCCAUCUGUGGGGAGAGUUUUGGCUACCUUAAGAGUCUACAUGGCCAUCAGAAACGAGAGCACAGCAUGGGGUAGGGGUGUAGUCGGAGUCAAAUUUGACUCGGAUUCUGCCGGAACAGGAUCCAGGACCUCCCUGUACUCAGAUAAUCUCAUGUCUUAUUGGCUGACAGGCCUGCUACCUCACCCAGUUUGUCAAUGUAAAAGAGGAAAUAAGUUAAUGGCCUGUAAUAGGCAUAGUAUUGUAUUGGUAACGGACAUGAGGCAGAAGUACAAACUUCCUCUCAGUCACAAGACAGUGUCUGACUCAUGAUCUUAUAGAUUUUAAAUAGUAGGAUGUUGGACUCAACUGCCCAUGCAUUCGUUAUUGAUCGUCUACAUUACAUGUAUUCAGUUAACAGACACCUGAAGUGACUUACACAUGUCAUCUAUAUUAAAAGGGAUUACAUUGUCCCUGGAGCAACUUGGGGUUAAGUGCCUUGCUCAACGGCACAACGGUGGAAGCCGGGAAUUUAACCCACAACUUUCAGGCUACUGCACGGUAACGCAGCUCCUUAACCACUGCUACCGCUCAUGUUCAUAUUGCGAGGGAAGGGAAAUGUAAAUACAUGUUAUCAAUGACCAGGUUAAGCCUUAAAAUCAUUAUUUGAAGAGUUCAGAUGCAAAACCCUCUAAAUCUGUCUGACCACUUUUCUUU